UUUUUUUUUGAAAAAUUAUUUUAAUACUAAAACAAAAGAGUUAUAAAUAAUUGUAGUACAUAUUUGCAACAAUCUGGCAGCAUGAUUUCGGCCAAGACCGCCGGCCACACUAGUUAUAUUAUUCGCCUUAAUUAUAUUAUAUUUGUAUAACGGGCGGGGGGAUCGCAGUUGCAGCCGUGAUAGCUAAUCGCGGCGGGGAAUUAUGAAAUACACGGAUAGAUACGCAGAUACGCAGCGUGCGGCUUCCUAGGGCCAACGAAUCCGCGGCAGGCGGCACAACAAUUUCUAGUCAACUACCAUCCUCAAGUUAACUCGUGAUUACAUGGCCACCUCGGAUUUUGUACUUGGCGGCCUGGCCUCCGUCGGCGCCACUUUCUUCACCAAUCCAAUCGAGGUGAUUAAGACUCGAAUCCAGCUGCAGGGAGAGUUGGCGGCACGGGGUACCUAUGUGGAACCUUACAAAGGCAUCGUGCAUGCCUUUGUCACGGUGGCCAAAAACGAUGGAUUAUUGGGCCUCCAAAAGGGUCUGGCACCCGCACUGUACUUCCAGUUCAUCAUCAAUUCCUUCCGACUUAGCAUUUAUUCGGAGGCAAUGGAUCGUCGGUGGAUGCACAAUAAAAAGGGCGAGGUGUCCUACGGCAUGGGACUCUUGUGGGGCGCCAUCGGCGGCGUCGUGGGCUCCUAUUGUUCCAGUCCAUUUUUCCUGAUCAAAACGCAGUUGCAAUCGCAAGCUGCCAAGCAAAUUGCAGUGGGCUACCAGCAUGCCCAUACUUCCAUGAGCGAUGCAUUGCGACAGAUCUACGCCAAGAAUGGAGUACGAGGACUCUGGCGAGGAUCGGUGGCUGCGCUGCCCAGAGCGGCUUUGGGAUCAGGUGCCCAGAUAGCAACCUUUGGCAAGACCAAAGCCCUGCUAGUGGAGUACGAUUUGGUGACCCAACCCACGUUAAACUCAUUUUCGGCUGGCUUAAUAGCCGGCUCCAUUAUGUCGGUGGCCAUAACGCCGCCAGAUGUGAUAACUACCCGUCUUUACAACCAGGGCGUGGACGCCGAGGGACGAGGUCUUCUCUAUCGCGGUUGGCUUGACUGUUUCGUUAAGAUUCUGCGAUCCGAGGGUGUCUACGGUAUGUACAAGGGUUUCUGGGCCAACUACCUGCGCAUUGCCCCACACUCAACACUGGUCCUGCUUUUCUUCGAUGAGCUGAUCGCUCUGCGCACAAAGUAUAGCCGUCAAUGACCCCAAAGAUAUGUGGUUAAGUAGCUUUACUUUAAGUACAAAAUUGUUCGACUUGUUUGUAAUGCUCAACAUAUAUAUUUUGUUUGAUUAUGGCUAUGUUCAGAUAGAUAAAACGUUUUAUAACAUUUUAUCCUCCUGAACUGUGCUUUAGUCUGUAGUGAGUAGCUCAAUUUCCUAGUUCCAAUCUCUAAGCCUAACCAAGCCUCAGAACCAAUUUGUGCCUUCAGUAAGCUAAACAUAGAGCUGUUCCUGUAGCCAUUAACUAUGCAAUAUUUUGGUGCAAUAAACCAGUUAGUUUGUUACUUUUUAAAA